AUGCCGGCAACACCACAGACGCCGCCCUCGGCGCGCCAACGCCCGCGCGCCCAGCCGGCAACGGCCACCUCGCCCGGCCUCCUCGACCAGUCACUCUCGCCCGGUGGGCUCCUCGACACGUCCAUGCAAGGCCUAGACCUCGCAGACACGCCCCUAGCCUCCCACCAACACAGACCUCUCGCCAUCAAUGCCGCCACGUCCAACAGACCCACCGCCUCGUCCAGCCGCCCGCGCCCGAGCUGGGGCGCCGCAGCCGUCCUCGACUCCAACGCUUCCGUAAAGGCGCGCUCAAAGAUGCGCUUCCUCCAGGACAUCGACCAAGACCGAGAAGACGCCGCCGCUGCUUCCAGCACAUCGUCCACUGCCCCUCCCGUCUCUGGCGCGGCAGGCCGUACCAAUCGGCCCAGGUUCAGCCUAUUUGCCAAGCCAGGCCUGCCCACCGCACAACCAAAGCAGCAGCAGCAGCAGCAGCAGCAGCAGCAGCGCGCCGGCCAGGCCGCGGCGGGAUCAGCAGCAUCGGCGGGACAGGACGAUGACGACGAAGAGGAGCUCGAUGUCCGACCAAUGGCAUCCGCUGCGAGCCAGCAUGCCGCCGCCGCCGCCGAUGAUGAUGACGACAACUACGACGAGGGCGGCGGCGAUGGCGACGACACCUUUCUUCGCGAGGCCAUCCUGGGCAAGGGCAGCGGCGGCGGCGGCGGCAAAAAUGACGGCCACAACGACAGGGACGGCGCCGCCGGCGUCAACGCAACGUCCCCCGGCGCGUCCGCCGGCAACGGUGCCAGCGCCAACGGCAGCGCGGCGCGCGAGACGCCCGACCAGAUAUCGCGGCAGCUGCACGAGCUCAAGCGGCUCAAUGCCGUCUUCAGCGCCUACGAGACGAUGCUGCGGGGCGCCGCGGGCGAGAUUGGGGCCUUUUCGCGCCGCCUCACCGAUACCGACGACCUGCUCAACAUCUACAUCGACCAGCUGCGCAACACGGAGCGCACGCAGCAGCUGCUCCACGACGGCGGCUGGAAGGGCGCCACGGGCGACGCACAGGAGGUGCACAAACUCGAGAUGGAGCUCCAGGAGCGCGAGACGCGCAGGCUGCAGGCCGAGGCGGCGGCCAGGGAGGAGGCGCAACGGCAGGCGGAGCAGGAGGCCGAGAGAAGGGCGAGGCUCGAAGAGGAGGAGCGGGAAAGGAGAGCAGAGGCACAGAGGCUAGCCGGCGAGAGGGGCACGGCGGGACGCGGGAGAGGGAGAGGCGGGUCGGCGAGGGGCGCGGGCGUCGCGACGAGGGGUGCCCUUACUCGCGGCAUCUCGACCGGUGCCGGUGCGACGGCGUCGACGAGGGGUCGAGGCGCGAUAGCCCGACCGGCGGCCGGUUCCGCGACGAGCACGACGACGACGGCGACGACGGCACGAGCCUCGACGCGGGGCAGCGGGAUAGGGAGGGGCCGGCCCUCUCCCUCGUCGACCUCGGCCUCGAGCGCCAGCGCGCGCACCACGUCUUCCUCUGCGUCUGGGCCGCGCACCGUCUCGUCUGGCAUCCCCGUGCGGCCAAGCGCCGGACUGGGCGGGCAGUAUGCCAACGUCAAGAGCUCCGGGUACGGUCCGCGGUAG